AUGCAACCCCGCCCGUCUCUGCCGGCGGCCCAGUUCCACGACUGGUACAACACAGAACACGGUCCUUUGCGCCUUCGCUUGCCCUUUGUCACCAAUGGCUUCCGCUACAGAGCCACCGACGGCCUCGAGCCGGAAUGGCUUGCUCUGUACGAUAUCACCGACAUGGUCGAGCUGACCCGCGAGACUUACCUGGCCCUCCGAGGCGACGGCAUCAAGACCCCGCGCGAGAAAGCCACCAUGGCCCAAAUUGCCGUUGAUCGCCGACUCUACGACCUUGUGGACGAUCAAAAAGCCGCCGACUACCGUCCACUCGAGGACGAAACCGACGCCGCCGCCGCUGGCUCCGUGCUCGUUGCAGUGUCCGUUGUCGUCCCCGCCGACCAAGAAGACGAGCUCCACCGCUGGUACCGCGAGGAGCACUUCGAGAUGCUCGCCCGCGUGCCUGGCUGGCGUCGCUCCCGCCGCUUCGUGACCGCGGCCAUCGACCCCAACGCCCCUCGGGAGUUCCUUUCUCUGUACGAGUACGCCGCACAGAAUGGACUCGAAGGCCCCGAGCACAAUGCUGCGAAGAACACCCCCUGGGGCAAGCGGAUCAGCGAGAUGGCCAUCAGCAAGAAACGGCGGGUCUACGAGUGGGCCUACACAUUUGGGCCGGCCCCGCGCGAGCUCUCCUCCCUGGCCUCCAAGGACGUCGUCGGGCCCUGGCACUCCAAUGACAACCGGACCCGCACGUAUCCCUCGCCCACGCGCCCGGCAGUCGAAUCAUUCGUAACAACCACGGACGGGGUCUCCCUCCCGUACCGGCUGGAGGGCAGCCCGGACCCCACCGCCCCGGUCCUCGUGCUCAGCAACUCCAUCCUGGUCGACUGGACCAUCUGGGACGGGUUCGUCGACGCCUUCCUGUCCGACCCGACGAACCAGAACUACCGGAUCCUGCGCUACCUGACGCGCGGCCGCCUCCGCGACUGCGGCGAGACCCCCAUCACCAUCGACGUCCUGGCCUCGGACAUCAUCGCUCUGCUGGAUGCGCUCCGCAUCCCGCAGGCGACCCUCAUCGGGGUCAGCCUGGGCGGCGUCACGGUGCUGAACACCGCGCUCCGGUACCCCGCGCGCGUGGCGCGGUUCAUCGCCUGCGACACCAACAGCGCCGCCCCGGAAUCGAACCGCCAGGCGUGGACCGACCGCCACGCGCUGGCGCAGCGCGAGGGGGCCGUGUCGCCCAGCACGCAGGAACCCAUCAUCGGCGAGCAGCUGGCGGAGGCGACCACGCGCCGGUGGUUCGUGGCCGAGUCGUACGAGACGCAACCGGCGGUCGCGGCGCGGGUCAAGGAGGUGGUGCGCAACAACAGCCUGGAGGGGUUCCAGAAGGGCAUGCAGGCGCUGUGCGCGUACGAUGUGCGGGAGCGGAUGGCGGAUGCCCGCGUGCCGGGUCUGUUUGUGGCGGGCGAGGGCGACGGCGUUCUUCCGCGGACGAUGCUGCAGAUGGCCCGCGACCUGAGGGGCGGUGCGGAGUUGAAGAUCAUCCCCAAGGCGGGUCAUCUGCCGAUGGUCGAGCAGCCGCGGGCCUUUACCGAGGUUGUCAAUCGCUUCUUGCAUGGUUAA